ACCGGAAGUAGCUUGAUGAAGUUUGAUGUAGAACUAUCACAGAAGAUGAAUUGGACGACUGACAGUCAUUCAGGCUUUUUGGACACAGCUAGAUAAGAUGGCGAGUGGAGGGAAGAAGUCAUUCCGUAAUUCUCUGAAGGAGUCGCUGACAGGCUUUAAAAAGUGUAGCCUUAAAAAGACAGAAACGAAAGUAACCACAGCAGGAGGAGAGUCAUUCAUCGAAAGUCAUGACGAAGACGGUAAAACAGUGUCCAAGAAAACAGUUGGCCAAACGUACGGAUUUGUGGGGUGGGGAAUUCCCGACAUGCAAGUUGGGGAAAUAUUACCAGGACUUUUGCUGAGUUCCCAGGAUGUGGCUUGUGACCAGGAGACACUACUGAAUUACAACGUAACUCACAUAUUAAAUGUGGCAUCGUUUGUGGAUGAACAUUUUCCAAGAAACUUCACCUAUAAAUCCAUGAAGAUGGACGACCAUCCAGAUUUCCAAAUCUCACAAAAAUUUGAGGAAGCUUUUAGUUUCAUAGAUCAAGGUCGAGUAAAGGACACGGGUGUGGUACUUGUGCAUUGUAACGCUGGAGUGUCUCGUGCUGCGACCGUUGUCAUCGGCUACCUGAUGAGUCGCGAGGGUAUGACGCUUCAACAUGCAUAUGGUCAUGUAAAGGAUAAACGUCCCGCUAUUCGCCCAAAUGAUGGAUUUCAAAGUCAGCUGAAAGUUUAUGGAGAACAACUGAAAAGACAGAGAUGAAGAAAUUCAAUCUGAAGCUGUUUCACCUGAAUCUGUUUCACCUGAAGCUGUUUCACCUGAAGAAAACUGUUGAUUAAUUUGUUUUUUUAUUUAUUGAUAUUAUUUACUGUAUUGUUAUUUUCACAAUACCAAUUCUCUAGUCACAAAGCCGUUUCAAAGGACACUUUUUUCAUACUUAAUUCAAUCACCAUGAAGUGAAAGAUAAUGCAGUACGUACAUAUAUAGCCUGAUGUACGUGAUAUAUCGUGACAAGUCUGAUGUAUGUGAUACAUAGUGACAAGUCUGAUGUACGUGAUAUAUCGUGACAAGUCUGAUGUAUGUGAUAUAUCGUGACAAGUCUGAUGUACGUGAUAUAUCGUGAAAAGUCUGAUGUACUUGAUAUAUCGUGACAAGUCUGAUGUACCUGAUAUAUCGUGACAAGUCUGAUGUACGUGAUAUAUCGUGACAAGUGUGAUGAACGUGAUAUAUCGUGACAAGUCUGAUGUACGUGAUACAUCGUGACAAUGUAUCGUGACAAGUCUGAUGUACGUGAUGUAUCGUGACAACUCUGAUUUACGUUAUAUAUAUCGUGACAAGUCUGAUGUACGUGAUGUAUCGUGACAAGUCUGAUGUACAUGAUAUAUCAUGACAAGUCUGAUGUACGUGAUAUAUCGUGACAAGCCUGAUGUACGUGAUACAUCGUGACAAGUCUGAUGUAUGUGAUAUUUAUCGUGACAAGUCUGAUGAACGUGAUAUAUCGUGACAAGUCUGAUGUACGUGAUUUAUCGUGACAAGUCUGAUGUACAUGAUAC